ACGAAGUGACAGCGCCACUGAAUUAAGCACGUCAGGGGUGCAUAUCGAUCCUUGCUUCUGAAUCGCCCCUCACAAUCACUGUUGUAAGGGGGACAGGUCGGCCUCCUACUUGACGCAUCAUAUCACGUAACAGUUGACAUAUGUCCGGCGCAGCUAUGUUGAAGCAUAUGGUUCCGUUGUUUUCAGUCUUGGCUGUUGUCUUGCCCACCACCUUUCAAGUCAUCUGGCACGGGUUGCGGAAGAAACAGAAGAUGCAAGGCAGUCGCGGGAGAUUUAUUCUUCAUUCUUACCACAAUCGCUGCUUCGCAAUGUUUGUAUGGCCACAACGCGUGAUGUGGUACGGCUAUUGGUCGCAACUGAAGCUUACGAUAAAGAUUAUAUUGAAGUUACAGGUACUCCUAACGGAGAUGGCAAGAGAAUCAUUGUGGCAUAAUUGAUGGGAUCAUGGGAAAGGGGGAAUUGAAAAGGUCUGUCAAAUGACAAAAGCACAUGACUAGAAAAUGAGAUGCGUGCCAUGGUCACCACAGAUUGAUGACAAGUGAUUACAGGGCAUCGCAACGAGGAAGGGGUCGAUAUUCCCCCAAGAUGGUUCC